AUGGUCGACUACAAAACUUGGUUAAAGGAUAUUGACAACAAUACCAAAAUCUCGAAAUUGUCAAUCCCAGGAACUCAUAAUUCUGCUGCUUGUCAUACUGCAUUGCCAUCUGUUCAAUGUCAGGGGGCAAGUGUCACUGAGCAAUUGGAGCAUGGAGUGAGAUUUCUUGACAUUAGAGUUGGAAAAUUGUUUGUUGGUAAUGAUGUCAAGGACUUACAAGUUAUUCAUGGCAAAUUCCCUGUCAAGAUCCCUUUCCCAUUGAAAUUGAAUGAUACAUUAGAGGAAGUUUAUAAAUUUUUAGCACACAAUUCUUCGGAAACGGUAAUUGUGUCUAUCAAGCAAGAAGGGUCCGAUGAUUGGGACAAUUCUCAAGAUGAAUUUGGCAAAUUGAUUUGGGAUAAAUAUGUUAACCCAAAUAAGGACAGGUGGUAUUUGAACACCGACAUUCCAAAAGUUGGUGAUGCUAGAGGCAAGGCCAUUUUGUUCAGAAGAUUUGGUGUUCAAGACGAACAGUUGAAGAAACAGUUUGGGUUCUCUGCCUCGUCUUGGGCUUACAAUACCACCAACGAUGACCGUGGUCAGUUUGUGGUUCAAGAUUUUUGUGAAGUGAACAGUGCUGACGAUUUGCCAAAGAAGAUCGAUUACGUUAAAGAUUUGGCCAAGAGAGCACAAGACUAUACUUCUAAUAGUGAUGACAAAGUAUUCCUUAAUUUCACUUCGGCCUCGAAUUUUUUCGAUCAAUCAUGUUGGCCACAGCCUAUUGCUGAAGCUAUGAUUAAAGGUAAUAUCGAAGAAACUUUUCAUAAAGGUGUUGGUAUCAUUGUGUUGGAUUAUGCCGAAACUGACAACUGGAAGUUGCCUGAAGCUUUAAUUGAUACUAAUUUUUAG